UGCUGCUGCUGCUGCUGCUGCUGCAAUCCUCUUAUCGUCGCUGGUCACCCCCUCCCUAGAGCAGACCUCCUCACUUCCCUCUCGUCCUCCUCCUCACCUUCGUCGUCGCCGCCGUCGUCGUCGUUGUCGCCAGCUCCUCCUACCUAUCCCGUAGCUAUGGUCCACGCCGGUCUAUUACUAACCGCCGCCGCCCUGGGAUGUGCCGUACCUUGCAUCGCACCGACCAUACCGACGGAACACCUACAUAGGACGUGGGUUGGGGGGUCGCAACAUGACGACAUGCCGUUGCAGGUCCAGGCGCAUCGCGGGGGAGCCGGAAUGCAUGCGGAGAGCACGCUCUACGCUUUCGCAUAUGCGCUGGAUAUUGGCGCCGACGUCGUCGAGAUGGAUGCCCUCUUCACCAAGGAUUUGGUUCCAGUGGUAUGGCACGACUUUGCUAUCGAGCCGGAUAAGUGCUUUGACACGGUUCCGGGAGCAAACUACGUUGGGAAGUUGAUCGCCAAUUUGACGUUGGCAGAGCUGAAGACUCUUGACUGCGGCAGCCAGCAGUCGGAAGGCCAUACACAGGCGAAGCUCUACCCCGGCGCGCAGGUGCAGACUCUAGAAGAAGUCCUCGAGUUCAUCAACUGCUACGGAGACGAGCACAUCAUGAUCAACCUUGAGACGAAAGUCGACAUCCGCUUCCCAACCUUUACGCCUCCGGUAGAAGUGUACAUCGAGCGCCUCGUCCCGGUGCUGAAGGCGCACGGGUUCUUCUCGCGCACGAUCCUGGCGUCAUUCGACUGGCGGUCGAUCGUGGGGAUCAAGGCGAAGUUCCCGGAGGCACGGGUCGGCGCGCUGAUCGACGAGACGCUGGUGGACAUGAUCGAGGGGAUAUGGGGGACCGAUUGGGUCACGGCCGCGCAUGCCACGGGCGCUGAGGUCGUCUGCCCCCACCAUGGAUCACUCAAUUCUUCGGGCGAAUACGGCGGGACGGUGAGGCAGCGCGAGUACGUGCCGUUUACGACGGGGGAGGUCGUAAUGAAGGCCCAUACACUGGGCAUGAUGGUCGUGCCCUGGACCGUCGACGACGAGAGCACGAUCGAGAAAGUCAUCCGCGACGGCGUCGACGGCGUAAUCUCGAACUACCCUCUCCGCGUCGGCGUCGUAGCCCGCCACCUCAACCUCGACCCAGGAAUCGGCACAGGAACCGUCAAGCCCUCGAGGUCGCAAGCAUCGUGUCUGGCAAAAGCGGCGUUUGCCGCCCAGAGUUGAUGACUACGGUAGGUAUUGCAUUGUGUUUUUUAUAGCAGUGCUGCAGUGCUACUUUUGACAUUGGGAUGGGAUGGGAUGGGAUGGGACGGCGAUUGGCGUCUUGUUGUCCCCCCGGUCAGCUCAACCUGACUCGACUUGAUUUGGCUUCGCG